AUGUCCGCUCUCUUCAACUUUCAAUCACUGCUCUUGGUGAUCCUGCUCAUUAUCUGCACGAGUACUUAUGCGCACUCGAUAAUGCCGGGUAUCAUGGACCGGAACCAGAAUGGGCUAUUCGGGAUAUUCUGGAAAUGCGCUCGAGUAGGAGAACGUCUGAGCCCAUAUGUCAGCAUAUGCUGCUUCCUGAUGGCUUGCUCGAUCUUCUUUGGUGGUUAA